UAGCAGGAAACAUAAUCAUAGUCCAACCGGGUAGAAGGUUCAGGAAUAUUAAACAUUUACGAGAUAUUUUUCUCUCUCCAGCUAGACAAGUGAGGCAUUUUUGUUGUUUGUUUGUUUUUCCUCAGAAGAACGAAAGGACUACUUUGAGAAAUACAAUAUUCUAAUAUUUAAGAACUUAAUACAGUAAAAAGAAAAAAAAAAGCGAAAGUAAAACACUUCUGAGAGGUGGAUAUGAAAGCUGAUGCAGCCGCAGCACUAGGAUCAGCCUCGCACAGCACUGAAUCCGCUCUGCACUCGACAGGAGCCGCUGAAGUAGACGAGGGAAGCGGGGACGCGCUUCUCCGCUCUGCCUCUGCCAGCUCCGCCGCAACUCGUCUUUCUGCCUGUUGUCAUGGAGGAGCCAAGAUGGCGGUCCUGGCCUAUAACCUAGGCAAACGGGAAAUAAAUCAGCAUUUCAGCAUCAAAAAUGCCAAACUGCUGGCUGUCGCCGUCGUCGUCCUGCUCACUGUGUUUCACUCUGCUUCUCGGUAUUAUGGAGGCAGUGACACAUGUGACUGGCUUUUAUCCAGUGGACGCUUUUUAGGGGACAAUGUGUGGCAGCCCUAUGGCUGCAUGUUACACAACUACAAAAGCACUGAAGCGAAGAUUUGCCUCAGAGAGAAGAGAAUAGCAUUUGUUGGAGACUCAAGAAUACAUCAGCUCUUCUAUUCUUUCAUUAAAAUGAUCAACCCAGAGGUGAAAGAGGAUGGGAACAAGCAUGAGAACAUCCCAUUUGUAGAUGGUGAAUUCAUUGUGGACUUCCUGUGGUAUCCUGAGGUGAAUAAUUCCUUGAAGGAGCAGUUGAUGUCAUGGGCAGAGGGAUCCACUCUCAAACCACAUGUCAUCAUCUUCAGUGCUGCUACAUGGUCCAUCAAGUUGCACAACGGCAAGAGCGAGGCACUCUUUCAGUACAAAGAAAACCUUACAGCUAUAUCAGACACACUGGAAAAACUACCUGAGCACAGUGAAGUCUACUGGGUUCUGCAAGAUCCUGUUUAUGAGGAGGUGCUCAGUGAAAGCCGAAAGAUGAUCACAAAUGAACAGAUAAACAUGUACAACGAGGUGGCAGUUAGUACUCUGAAUAACAGCAAGAAGAAGGUCAAGUUCUUAGAGGCCUCUCGGCAAGCCGCCAUGGAGACAAUUUCCAAAUCGGUGGAUGGUCUGCACCUCCCUGAGAGCACAAGGGCUGUUGGUGCCAUGGUGCUGAUGAACUCCAUGUGCAACAAGAUCCUGAAGCCCAUUGACGGCUCUUGCUGUCAGAGUACUCCUCCCCUGAGCGUCCUUCAGAAGCUGGCUGCUGCUCUCUUCCUGGUGUCCAGCAUCUGCUUUCUCCUCCUGGGCUGUACAAGACAUUAUAAGAGCAGGCCCGUUCCUGAUCUGGAGAGUGGGGAGGAGAAGAAACCCCCUACUGCGGGUCAGUUCAACCCAAAGGGACCAUUACUGGCCAUCUGCAAAAUGGGCCUAAUCAUGUUGUACUUCUACCUGUGUGACCGGGCAGACAUCUUUAUGAAGGAACAGAAAUUCUACACACAUUCUACCUUUUUCAUCCCUCUCAUCUACAUCUUCGUUCUGGGCAUCUUCUAUUACGAGAACAGCAAAGAGACCAAACUCCUGAACAGAGAACAGACAGAUGAAUGGAAGGGCUGGAUGCAGCUGGUUAUCCUCAUUUAUCACAUGUCAGGAGCUAGCUCUUUUAUACCUGUAUACAUGCAUGUCCGUGUCCUGGUAGCUGCGUAUCUCUUCCAAACAGGAUAUGGACACUUCUCAUUCUUCUGGCUAAAGGGUGACUUUGGACUCUACAGAGUCUGCCAGGUUCUUUUUAGACUCAACUUUCUUGUGGUGGUGCUGUGUCUGGUUAUGGACAGGCCUUACCAGUUUUAUUACUUUGUGCCUCUUGUCACUUUUUGGUUUGUAGUUAUUUAUGCCACAAUGGCAUUUUGGCCACAGAUUCUUCAGAAGCAAGCUAAUGGUAGUGGAUUCUGGAAUUUGGCACUUUUGCUGAAACUUUUAGGUUUACUUCUUUUGAUUUUCUUCUUUGCAUACUCACAGGAACUCUUUGAGGGUAUUUUCUCAGUGUGGCCUAUUUCAAAACUUUUUGAGCUGCAAGGUAGCAUCCAUGAGUGGUGGUUCAGGUGGAAAUUGGAUCGAUUUGCUGUGAUCAACGGAAUGCUCUUUGCCUUCAUUUACCUGCUGCUACAGAAAUGUCAGCUACUGUCUGAGGGCAAUAGAGAUCCCCUCUUCUCCACCAAGAUCUCCAACUGUCUGCUCUUUGUCUCUGUGGUUUCUUUUAUAACAUAUUCCAUCUGGGCCAGUGGGUGCAAAAAUAAGUCUGAGUGUAAUGAGAUGCAUCCAUACAUUUCUGUUGUCCAGAUUCUGGCUUUCAUUUUGAUACGGAAUAUUCCAGGUUAUGCUCGCUCUUUGUACAGCUCAUUCUUUGCAUGGUUUGGAAAGAUCUCCUUAGAGCUCUUCAUAUGCCAGUAUCAUAUUUGGUUGGCAGCGGACACCAAGGGUAUCCUGGUCCUCAUUCCUGGAAACCCCACUUUAAACAUUAUUGUCAGCACAUUCAUCUUUGUCUGUGUAGCUCAUGAGAUCUUCCAGAUCACCAAUGACUUGGCCCAGGUGGCCAUUCCAAAAGAGAGUGGGCCUCUACUGAAGAGACUGCUUGGGGCAGGAGUCUUUUUAGUGCUGGUACUGAUACUGGUACAAAAAGAGUAAUCCGGGUACUGAGGGUAAUCAGAGACAUUAGCAGUCCUCGUCUUGUGAGGAUACAAAUGGAUCACACUAAAAUGUGUGUGUGUAAAACAAGGAAACACCGCCAGCCAAGAACUUUCAUUUUUCUGGGAAUUCUUACUGUAUACAAAACUCAAUUAUGAACAGAAGCCAAGGUCUGUGGAGCAGCACUGAUAUGGCUGAUUAAACAUUUGGAUUAAACAGUCCUGUCAAACACAAAUUUUAAAGCAAAAUGUCUGCCGUCAACAAAUCACACAUGGGCCAUGUGUGUAUUUUCCUGACUGGGCAGAUAAGAUUAAAUUAACUUGCUCCGUCCAGUCUUCUCUUACAGCUCUAAAAUGUGUUUUAUGGACAGUACUUAAUAAUUUAAGUCUGUUUUAUACAGGGGUGUGUUUGUGUCUCCUUAUUUUUUUCCCCCCAUUCUUUUUAUUUUAUGCACAAUGCCCAUGACUGCAAAAUGUGAAGGAGAAAUACAUUCCUGCCUCUCUUCUUUUGCAACUGACAUGUUUAAUCAGCUCAAUGUUUCUUUAAAAAAUUAUGAUUUCACUGCAUACCACACCAGCACCUUAUCCUUCUUUAGGAAUAUGCAACCUGAAUAGGUUCUUCCCUGCAUUAUUAAGGAAGCAUAGGUCUCUAGAGGACAGUAACGGGCAUUUCCUCACCAGGAUGGGCGCUUCUCAACUAUCCUAAGAAAGUAGGGUAUCUCAAUGUAUUAAUCAGUGGGCGUUUUCAAACCAGGUUGGGUGUUUCUCAACUAUCCAAUGAAAGUAGGUUAUACUGUAUCAAUGUAGUCGUCAAAUCGUGUAAAGCGGUAGAAAAUACCGGUUUGAUUGGGGAAACACUCAUUUUAUAACAAGUCUCUUAUUAAGGGGAUAGUUCACCCAAAUAAGAAAAUUCUGUUAUUUACUCAUCCAUAUGUUUUUCCAAACCUGUAUGCAGUUCGAUCUUCUGUGGAACACAAAAGGAAAAGUUAGGCAAAAUUGGGUUCCAUGUAGGAAGUCGUACCAUUUUGGAACAACAUGAGGGUGAGUAAAUGAUGAUAGAAUUUUCAUUUUUUUGGUGAACUAUCCUUUUAGUGUAAAAGGUAAACUUAAAAUAACCAAGAACAAAUAUGCUUUGAUCUAUCAAUUAUCUAUAAAGAGGGCAUUGUAACAAAAAAUAAUGCCCUUUCAAUUGCGCUGAGUGGGGCGUCUCUCCUGCAAACGUUAAGGCACUUGAGCCAGUACUGCUCUUCUUGUCUCAUUCUUACCACAUGGGUUUACUCCAUUCAUACGAAUUCAGAUUAAUGUUAGAGCCAGCUUUGUCUACAAUCAGUGACCUCAUUAUUUACUGCUCAAUGUACAUCUUCAUAUCCUCUAAAACUGCUUGAAAUAUGGCAACCAAAAUGAUGUUCAUGUUCAACUUGAUGUAAUUUUUUUAAUAUAUUACAUGUAUAAAAAUAGCUGAAUGUAUCAGUUUACUGGUAAAAUUAUUCUGUAAAUAGAACCUACAUUAUGUGCCAUUGAAAGACAAAAGACAAAUGUAUUGUUUGAGAUUAUACAAGUUUUGAUGAGGAUAAGUGUAUGAUCACAGAAUUUUCAUUAUUUAGUGAACUAUCCUUUUAACUAUUGAAGUGAUCACAUUUUUAAUUUACAAUUUUCAUAGCAGUUUAAUGUCUGUGAAUUGAAAAGCAGCUACAAGGCAUAUUAAGAUGUUGGCAUAUUAUUUUUGACCUACUGAAUAUAAACUUUAUUGCCAUUUUUUAAUUUAUUUUUUCAUCAGUGAAGAUGCUAUUUUUCUCGAAGUUAGCCAAAAGCUGUACAGAUUUAACUGACCCAAGUGCUAUCAACUGGCACGUCCAUUAAAUUGUAAAUGUUUUUUAUGACUUCUCUAUGUUCAUAAUUAAAAUUAUUUGUAUAAUUUGGUAUAGGUUUUAUUUAAAGAAACCCUGAAGGUCUGUGUAAGCGUUUUUGUUCAAAAAUGUGAAAUUAUUCAUGUUAAUUUGGAAAUGCCUUCAUCUUAUUGUAAAGCCAAUGUUUAUGAUAAACCCCUUCUAAAAAAACAA